AGUUGGAAACUAGACCAGAUUAUGGUUGGAAUAUAGUCUCUGAAGAGCUGUAUUUAAUACGUAGUAAAUCUCCAAAUAUUCCCCUGAUUGUAAUGGGAGACACCAAUGCUCGAAUUGGAUCAGAUAAUAUAGCUCUCUAUAAACGCUAUGUCUCAAAUCUAGCUGAAGAUGCCCCACUUCCAUUGAGAAUAGGGAGGAAUUCAAAGGACAUCAUUAUUAAUAAAGCGGGAGGAAAACUUUUACAAUUGGUUUUAGAAUUUAACCUCUCAUUUUUGAAUGGCUCAAUGUGGUCGGAUAUUCCAGGAAAUUUUACCUUCAGCUCCAAAAGGG